AUGACCUGGAACUUAGUUGGAAGUCGUGUUGACAUGCAUGGCUAUUUGAACUUUAAACCUGAUAUCCUAUAUUGGCUAAACGCCAGUAGCACCUACAGAGUCGUGUUCAUUCAAGACCAAGCCUCGUGGUUCGUCAUUACCGGAAACAAUUUCGAGGUGAACGCACACAACGAAGGCGGUAUCAACGGUAAUGGACAGCCGUGGUGGUCCUAUUAUGCCAAUCGCACUCGUGAGGAUGGGGACGGGCGCCCUAUCGCACUCACUUUGUCCAAUGUGACCCAUGGCCGUAUUUCUAACUUCCAUGUCAUAUCCCCACCCUUCUGGUGCAACGCGGUCGCGAACUCCGAGGAUGUGAUUUAUGACGGCAUGAACUGCAACGCCACGAAUACCGAUCCGGCAGGGGCAGGUCGGAACCUCGUCCCGAAUACCGACGGUGAGCAGGUUGCGCCGGUACUGACGUGGACGCUCAACAUGCCACAAUCUGUAGGCAUCGAUACCUACCGUAGUAAUCGUAUUACCCUCGAGAACUGGGACGUCACUUGCGGUGACGAUUGUCUAGCAAUCAAAGGGAACACCACCGACUUGCUCGUACGCAAUGUAACCUGCCGCGGUGGAAAUGGUAUUGCAUUCGGAUCUCUAGGACAAUACGUCGAUUUGCCCGAUAUAGUUGAAAAUGUGGUAAUCGAAAAUGUCAAGACGAUACGCCUUGACCCCGAAGUCCAGCCCAACAUGAAGUCGGGGGCCUAUCUGAAAACAUGGACUGGUACGGUCCACGGGAGUCCGCCCACCGGCGGCGGAGGGGCUGGAGGCCACGUUUCGAACGUUACUCUGCGCAACUUUUCUUUAGAUCGGGUCGAUCUGCCAACCCAGCUGUACCAGACGAACGACGGUCACUCCCAGGACGCGCCGUCGACGUUGCGGUUCAGCGAUAUCACCUGGGAAAACUGGCAAGGCACUUCGACUGGGGCUGAACUGGUCUCUCUGAGCUGCAGCUCUGCUGCGCCCUGCCCGCAUAUGGUGUUCCAGAACUUUAACGUAAUGCCGCCAUAUAACGAGACCGCCAAGUACAUCUGUACCAACGUUGUCGAUGAACAAGGUCUCCCAGCUGAUAUGGUCAAGGGGGCAGGGCGACUCUCGUUGGCCGCUAUUCUUGCGCCCCCACGCUUCCCCAGGGUUUUCCCCCAAGAAGUUCGCUGA